GCCGCAGUAAAUGCAAAUGGUGCAUGAGUAUGUAGGGGGCAGUGCCUGGAGGCAUUCCUGCCUUGCUCAGCACCUCGGGUGGUUGCUGAUGCCAAGCCACACUGGGCCUACAUAAGCCCAUCUUGAGUACCUAAAAUUUCAUCAGGGACAUUAAAACACUAACUACCCACCAGUGCAACCAACACCCCACAGAGAAGGGCAUGAGAUGUGGCGCCACGAGCCUAGUGGCCAAGGUUCUGGCCUGGGCUCCUCCCCACCACUCCUCAAGUGGUCUGGAGUGCAUUAAUGCCUCUGAGCCUCAGUUUUCUCAUCUGUUAAGUGGGAAGAGGAGCAUUGACGUCAGGUUUGCUGGAAGGGUUAAAUGACAUAAAUGCUCAUAAAGCCCUAGGAGCAGUCUUUAUCAUAGUGCGAGCUACUGUCCUGCCAGAAUGGGAUCCCAAGGGGCUAGAACCCAGGCUGGCUCAUGAGGGGUGUUCCACAAAGAUCUGCUGGAUGGCUAAGAUGGAUAGCUGCAUGGAUAGACAAGUGGUGGAUGGGUGGACCGAUGGAUGGAUGGAGAUAGAGAGGCUCUAUCUCCACUAUCUAGGAAGACCUGGCAGAGGAGGGGACAUGUGAGCAUGGUCCUGAAGGAUGAAGAACAGUUUGCUAGGUGGAGAGGAGCAGUUCUGCAAUAGAGAGAGACAGACGAGGGAGAGGUUUGACGUUGGAUGAGAAAUGGAGGUAGGUGUUCAGUUCCCCGGGUGGGCCAGCUCAGGCUAAGGGAGGCAAUGGUUAUGUCCCACCGUUGCAAAGCCUUCGUGAACCUAGAGUUACAUGGCAGACCUUUGCCGGUUGCACAAAGACACCUUCUCAACUGAGGUUGAAAGAUCAUUUCUCUUUGAUUGGUUUUUUUACCAUUAUGAACAGCAAAAUAAUAUGAGAAAAAUCUAUGCAGCAAUUUUUCCAUUUCCAAAAACCGAAACGACACCUUGCAGCCGAUUCCCUUGGCAUGGACCCCUCCCUCCUUUUAUUUGCAUCAUUUCUUUAAAUGCAAGAAUACAGAUAAUUUUCUUUUCCAAAAUAGCCGAAAGCUUCACGAUUGGGGAAGGGGGCAAGUGUGGAUUAAUUUCCCACACGACACAGAAUGCAGAGCUAGGGAGGGCACCUCAGAUAAAGAGUUUUCUGUAAAUACACAAGAAAGUGAUCCCGUUGACACCUCAUUCUUCUGUCUGUAAAAUGCAUGAGUGACAAACGGGACAUGUUUUAACACCAGACAAUGAAGCUCCUCGCUCUCCACUGCUCACCAGUGGCAAUGCCAGGCUUCUUUUUUGCAGGUUCUACUGACAACCCCCCCCCUUCUUUUGAACUCACGGGCCUCUCACAGAAACGAGCUUCUCCCUCAGACCCUGGGUACAAGCCAGAUAGGGAUGCGAGUUUCUGUUCCAGUGAGAAAUGGUGGCUUUGAAUCCAUAAAACACGCCUUAAAUCCAUCCCAUCAACACUGACCAGCCACUUUUUAGCAUUAGCCAUAAAGACUGGCUUAGUGUGAAGUCUCAAAAAGAAGAAACAGAAACCACGGCGUGGCUCUCACUAAAUUAACCUCACCCGAGGCUUGAAAUCACCAUCCGGGAGCCGACACUGCAGCCGCCUAAUUCACAGACAUCUUUGCUCCUGAUGAGAUUUCGCAUUAGCCAGAUGUCGUUAGAGGCUGACCUCAGCCCAAGGAUCGCCUGCAAUGUGUUGAGGCUCCAGAUCAGGCGGGGCCCGGCUCCCCCCAGCCAUCCACCAUGGUGGUGGCACACCCGGCCACCACCGCCACUACCACACCCACUGCCACUGUCACAGCCACUGUCAUGAUGACCACGGCCACCAUGGACCUGCGGGACUGGCUUUUCCUCUGCUACGGGCUCAUCGCCUUCCUGACGGAGGUCAUCGACAGCACCACCUGCCCCUCAGUGUGCCGCUGUGACAAUGGCUUCAUCUACUGCAACGACCGGGGACUUACCUCCAUCCCUGCUGACAUCCCCGACGACGCCACCACCCUCUACCUGCAGAACAACCAGAUCAACAAUGCUGGCAUCCCCCAGGACCUCAAGACCAAGGUCAAUGUGCAGGUCAUCUACCUGUACGAGAAUGACCUGGACGAGUUCCCGGUCAACCUGCCCCGCUCCCUGCGGGAGCUGCACCUACAGGACAACAACGUGCGCACAAUUGCCAGGGACUCACUGGCCCGCAUCCCACUGCUAGAGAAGCUGCAUCUGGAUGACAACUCUGUGUCCACCGUCAGCAUCGAAGAGGAUGCCUUUGCCGACAGCAAGCAGCUCAAACUGCUCUUCCUGAGCCGGAACCACCUGAGCAGCAUCCCCUCGGGACUGCCCCGCACGCUGGAGGAGCUGCGGCUGGAUGACAACCGCAUCUCCACCAUCCCGCUUCACGCCUUCAAGGGCCUCAACAGCCUCCGGCGCCUGGUGCUCGAUGGCAACCUGCUGGCCAACCAGCGCAUUGCCGACGACACAUUCAGCCGCCUGCAAAACCUCACCGAGCUGUCACUGGUGCGCAACUCACUGGCCGCCCCACCCCUGAACCUGCCCAGCGCCCACCUGCAGAAGCUGUACCUGCAGGACAACGCCAUCAGCCACAUCCCCUACAACACGCUAGCCAAGAUGCGCGAGCUGGAACGCCUGGACCUGUCCAACAACAACCUCACCACGUUGCCCCGCGGCCUGUUCGACGACCUGGAGAACCUGGCGCAGCUGCUACUGAGGAACAACCCCUGGUUCUGCGGCUGUAACCUCAUGUGGCUGCGGGACUGGGUGCAGGCGCGGGCGGCCGUGGUCAAUGUGCGCGGCCUCAUGUGCCAGGGCCCCGAGAAGGUCCGCGGCAUGGCCAUCAGGGACAUCACCAGCGAGAUGGAUGAGUGCUUCGAGACGGGCUCCCAGGGGGGCGCAGCCAACGCGGCUGCCAAGACCACGGCCAGCAACCAUGCCUCUGCCACCACACCCCAGGGCUCGCUCUUCACCCUCAAGGCCAAGAGGCCGGGGCUACGCCUCCCUGACUCCAGCCUCGACUACCCCAUGGCCACAGGCGAGGGCGCCAAGACCCUGGCCAUCCACGUGAAGCCGCUGACGGCAGACUCCAUCCGCAUCACAUGGAAGGCCACACUGCCGGCCUCCUCCUUCCGGCUCAGCUGGCUCCGCCUGGGCCACAGCCCUGCUGUGGGCUCCAUCACGGAGACACUGGUGCAGGGGGAUAAGACAGAGUACCUGUUGACAGCGCUGGAGCCCAAGUCCACCUACAUCAUCUGCAUGGUCACCAUGGAGACCGGCAACGCCUACGUGGCCGACGAGACGCCCGUGUGUGCCAAGGCGGAGACGGCAGACAGCCACGGCCCCACUACUACCCUUAACCAGGAGCAGAAUGCGGAUGCCAUGGCGGGCCUGCCCCUGGCAGGCAUCAUUGGUGGCGCUGUGGCCCUCGUAUUCCUCUUCCUGGUCCUGGGGGCCAUCUGCUGGUACGUGCACCGGGCCGGCGAGCUGCUGACCCGAGAUCGGGCCUACAAUCGGGGCAGCCGGAAAAAGGAUGACUAUAUGGAGUCAGGAACCAAGAAGGAUAAUUCCAUCCUGGAAAUCCGGGGCCCCGGGCUGCAGAUGCUGCCCAUCAACCCUUACCGCGCCAAAGAGGAGUACGUGGUCCACACCAUCUUCCCCUCCAAUGGCAGCAGCCUCUGUAAGGGCACACACACCAUCGGCUACGGCACCACGCGGGGCUACCGGGAUGGGGGCAUCCCUGACAUAGACUACACCUACACAUGAUGCCAGCCACGAGGGCCACCUCUGCCCCAGCUCCCGCUGCCUCCUCCCAGCCUGGCGACGCCGUGGCUUUGCCCAGCCCGCUGCCAUCCCAUAGAGCAAGGAAGAGAAAUUCCAUGAUGACUUUCUCAGCAGAAAGCAAAGUUUGGGAAGGGUUGAUGAUUUUAUAGAACACGACAGUGAAAAAAAAAAUUUUUUUUUUAAGAAUAGAAGGUAGGAGGGGGAUUUGACGUUGCUGAAGACAUAAUUUAUACCAAAUUAUGCCAGUUGGGGAGGGAAGAACUAAAAAUAAUAUGGCAGGAAGGGUUGGGUCAGGUUUUUUUUUUCCCCUGAACUGGAAAGAUACUACCUGUACAGCAUCUGUGUACGCCUCAUGCUCUGUUUAGGGCCGUCACAAAAGAGCCGUCAGAGAGAACAGCCACCACUCGAAGCCCCCACGCAGCUCUCGCUCGCUGCCAGCUUCUCGUUGGCGACAACCGACAACGACAUGACAUGAUGGAAGGUUUUCAGGCUCCUCACAAAGGAGAAAGGGAAGAAAAGAUCUUUUGCUAUGGAGAUAGUGUCCUGAAACCUCUUCCCCGUUCUUUCCAUAGCAUUUCCCUUACAGAUUUGCAGAAAGAGCACGCCUUUCACUGCAUUCUUUGAACAAUGGUGUAGUCAAUUAAAAAAGCGAACUUUCUUUUUCCUAUACCAAAACCCUCGUCAGUCCCAUGCACCGCACUCAGCACUCGGUGGAAGCCCCAGGGGAGCUGCGGUUUCCCAGCCACUCGGAGGUGCAUCUACCUCCCUGUUGAUCUCUAUGUCGUGUCUCUCAAUACAGAUGGGUAGAUAGAGCCACAUAUACGGUCCUUUCUACUUCUUGGGUCAGUUCGUACAAUUUCCUGAGAAAAUAGAGUCAUGAAAAUGUUGCUUUCUCCUAGAAAUCACUGAGUAAGUAGACAAAGCGUGUUGGGGGAGGGUUUGGGAUGGGGGACAAUGCUGUUUGUAAAGGCACAGGUGUCUCUGUCCCAGUCGGGUGGCCAGGGAGACCCCGGGAAGGGGGUGCUCUCAGCUCAACCCUAUCUCAGGUUGGCCAGAGCUGGGCCAGAAUCCUUUCUGAUACAGAGAAAAGCUUUCUUUGACUGCCGAUGUCCUUGUGUCUCUCCCCGCCACCCUCCAACUCCCAACACACAGAUGCAGUCACCUCAGCAGUGACUUUCUGUUUCCUCUUGCUGUAUGCUUCCUCCCGGGACAGGUAAUUGGCACAGGGACUUUUUUUUUUUUUUUUUAAUCAGCUGAUUAGACCUAAUGGUUUCCAUGGCUGCUUAAACAAAGCCCAGAAAAAGACAUGAAAAUUCUCAGAAGAGCCCUGGGAGACAGCAGCAGCCCCCCAAACGCAGAGCACUCGGCCGCACCCGCCCCUGGCACUCUGCUCUGGAGAGGGAAGACCAGACCUCCAGAGAUGCCAGCUCCAAAAGGGUACUGACCGGUGCCCUCGGGAGAAUCCUGGUUUUACUUCCUCCCCCUGGAACCCGUGUGGCCAUCAUUUAUCAGCUGGCAGUGUGGUGUGGUGGGCCAUGAGAUUAAAACAAUAAUGAAAGGAUGACAGCAAAGCUGGAAGGAAGGGAGGAGUGGCGCCUGGGGUUCCGUGGUCUCCUGCAUCCCUGGCCCUCGGGGAGCUUGGGCCACCACCCAUCAACGUGCCACCAGUGUGGCACCAGGGAAGAGCCAUGUCAGAGACACUGGCCCGAGGGCAGGGGAGGUCAAGAAGGUGGCUGGCUUCUGGUGGUGGUUUCAAAGGCCUCAAAGGCUUUGCCAAAAGCCAAAGUCAGGAAGCAUAUGCUGGCCGGAGGUCACAGGGCUGCCAGGACGGGCUGCGGGAGGCCGGCCACUCACAGGCCAUGAAAAGAUGUGACGGCCCCUUCAGGGAAUGGCGGGGUCGAAAGGAAUAGCCACAGGGCUGUGCAAGUAGGGUGGAGAAGAGGCACCCCCAUCCUCCAACGGGAACCCGGCUCCCCCAAGCCUUCGGUGGAGGCGCGAGGCAUGGACACACUUCGCUCCAAACUAAGCCUUCCCCCGACUUGGCCCACUUGAAUCAUUUUCUCGUUCAAUGAGAUCAGGAGAGAGAUUUUUCCAAGCCUUAAAUUUACGUCUCUGUGGAGGUUGCCUCACUUUGGCCUCAGGCACCCCUGAUACAAGCCGUUAGGGCAGCUUGGAGAGGAGCAGAGGAUGUGAGAGGAUGUGGGGCAGUGGCUCAGGAAGAGGGGGGAGGGAAAGAAGCCCGAGGUCCCCUCCCUCACGGCACCACCCAUGCCUUCUGCUGGUGUCCCCGUCACCACAGCCCCCAAGUUCCCACUGCCUACAAGCUUGGUGCCCCCUGAUCUUAAUCUGUCCUCCUUUCUUCUCCUGACACCAGGAGGGGGUCAAAUCAUCCCCUUAGAGGUCAGGAAGGCAUCUGGGGAACAUCAGGUGGCCCUGGAGUCAGUGAAGGGUAGAAAGGCCUCAGGCCUCCGUGAUCCCCGCAGCACAGGGCAGGCCAGGCCCACCUGGGCCUGAGGACAUAGGGGUCUCCUGCUCCCCUGGGGGGCUCAGGCAGGAGCUCACGGUGGGUGGGCUCUCUGCAGGCAUCCUCCUGCCCUGUGAGAGCUGAGGAUAGUGGGUCUGCUCUCACCUUUCCUGCCCUCAGCAUCAGACAUCCCCCCUGGAGUCCUUUCUGAGCACGAGCUCCCGAACGUCUGUCACCUCACAGCUCCCCAAGCCAAGGAGGGGACCUGAAGCCAGGUCUCCUCUGCAGCCCUGUCCUCUCCUGGUCCAAGUCCUCUGAGUGUCCUCAUAACACAAGAAUAGAGAUGCAGCAGGAUGCCUAGCCUCCCCCAGCCCCUGAUGCACAAAGUGAGGACAGGGCCCUGGAAGACAAGCCCGGCACCCAGGCCACCACUUCUGUCUGGCAUCUCCCUUCUCCGGGCAGCCGACCUGACCCCGGCAGCCUCUAACUAGCCAGAACAACCUUGUUGGCCUCAGUGUUGAUGAGUGUAUUUUGUGGCAUUUAUAGCAGGUCUUAAGUUUUUAAAAAAAAAAAAAAAAAAAAAAAA